GAUGAUCUUCAGUUGGUGGAAGAACCUCUUCGUUAUUCAAGGCCCUGGACACGGCGUUCACGCAUCAGUCAACCAGAUAUGAGUGCAUUUCUUUCUAAUGAAACCGAUAAUGGGAGCACUAACACAAUAAUCGCAACGAACAAUAGCUCACCCGAAGCUAUACCAACAAUCAAUCAUGUGUUGAAAAUGGUUGAGGCAAUGCGAAGUGACUUACAUCAAAUUCAUUCACGGAUUAAUCUAUUGGAGCGCUCGUUGGCUGAAUUACGGAAUCAACAAUUAAUCAAGAAAAAGAUUUUGGAACUGAAAAAUCCCAAAUGGUGGCCGAUCGCGGAAAUAUCACCAACCUGGUUCGUAAUCAUGAUUUUAUGGCCUUUCAUGGCUCUACGAAUUAUGCAAGCAAUCCAGAGAAAAAAAUGAUCCCGUUGUGCUAACGACCUCUCCAUUUCUGAUCAUCAUUAAGCAAGAGAGAUGUAAUUUUUCAAGUGAUUAUAAUCCAUUUUAUCAAUGAAAUUACGGAUAGUUUAGAGGCAAAAUAACGUUUGAGAAAAAUUGGCUGAAAAAAGUGAAUUUGUUGAGAUAAAUUAGAAAUAUUUUUCCGUUCGGAUUCCAAUUUUGAAUUUUUCAAUACCAGAACUUUUUUUGUUUCAUGUUCAAUCUGUGAUUAACUACAAGAUGGCUAUAAAACAUUAUUACCAAUUUCGAUACUUGCAAAAUUGAAAUUGAAAAUAGUACGUUUCAUGUAACGUUUCAUUCAUAGUUUGUUAUACAAUAACAUUGCAAAAAUGCCCGAUUCGAAAUCGUUGCUCAUAUGUAAAUGUAAAUGUAAAUGUUUAUUAACGUAUGAUAAAUUGGUUCAGAAUGGUUGUAUUUGACAUGGUAGGAUUCAAUGAGAUUCAGUUCAAUGGACUUUGCAGCAUAGUGACAAGUUUUGUUUCUUUCGAAUGAUUUGUUUGUUUGUUUUGUUUGAUGCCUAGACAUAAAUGAGUAAUUUUAUUGUUUGAAAGUGGAACGUUCUCAUGUUCGAUACCUGCCCAAGCGAAAUUAUCUCGAUAGAUGAUGCGUCAAUUAUCAAUAAAUUAUACUAAAAUCAAUUCAUAUACAGAAUAGGCCCAGCUAAUUGCCACAGGUGUAACCGAUUGUGUGCUGAAUGCGGCAGUAGAUUUGUCAACAACCAAAUGUUAUGUUCUCAUAUUCCCUUAUCGAAUACUUUACAUUUGCACACUAGGAGAAUUACGCUGCGAACACAUUAUUGGCCUUUGUAUUUAUCGUCCAUUCUACGUGAAAUCGACCAAAAAUUGGACUUCACUUUUCAGAAUCCGUUCAAACUUUGCAUGCCCGCUUGAUUGGAUGAAAAACUGGAUGCAGGGGAGGCUUAAAAAAUCGAUUUUCUGCCAAAAAUAUUUCUUUUAGGGCAAAAACAGAAUCAAACCCCUAAUUUACCCCCUAAAAAUCCUACUUAUCCUCUAUACAUUCUAAUAAUGAUGUAAUGCAAUUACAUUGCAUCUUCGUACUUUCUGUAUUACGCAUGUAUAUAGAUAAAACAGAAAGUGACAUACACUGAAAUGUGUUAUGUAUGGGGACACUACAUUUGUGUUCGUAUAUUUCUGUGUGGGGAAAAACUUAAAAAAUGUGUGGAUGUUGUUGUUUUCUAAAAAAGCAAACAUGGAAAAAUUGCUGAACCUUUCGUUUUUUUACUGUUAAAUGCGUUAAAACAACACAACGCAUUCGAGUCAGCAACUGACGUUAGUCAAUGCUGCUGACAUCAGUUCGUAACACGCUCUGCCAGCCACAUAACGAACAUUUCAUAGCAAUAAACCUUUUUUCUAUCAUUCAAAGUUGUUAUCGCGUCGGGGUAAAUAUGUAUCGAAAUAAGCCUGAAUAUUUUUUUUAUUUUCAGCGAAAAACUUAUUUAGGUCUAGUUAUUGUAUAAAAAACUAUAAUUGUAACGUUACAUGAAAUGUACUACAUCACAAUGUAUGAAUUGGAUAGAUUAGAGAGAUAGCAUACACAGCACAAUAAAGUUUCAGGUCACUAAACUUAGGCGUAGUUUCACGCCAUGCUGUUGGAUCUUAGCUGAAACUUUAGUGGCCUGAACUUUGUUGCACUGUGCGAACCUAGCGAGUAAACACUCCAUUUUUACGUGUAUUCGUAGCUACUUCUCUUCUUUAUUAAAUUCAGAGCUAGGACACUAACCAUUACGCUACAUCAUAAUAUAUGGAAAUGAUAGUUUUCAAGUAUCGUAUUGGUAAUAACGUUUUUUAGUUACAGAUAAUAAUUAAACAUAAAGCAAAAAACUGUUUUGGAAUUGGAAAAUUCAAAUUUGUGAACCCCGAGGGAGAAAAAAAAGAACGAAGUUAGUACCUUUUACAUUCCAUGUACAUCGCAAUGUGCGUUUCAUCAUGAAACUUCAUGUAACGGUAAAAAGGAAAAUCGUAUCACGCUUGUUUAUAAAAUAUCUCGAUCAAUUUACUUUUUCCCCAGCUUUUUAUAUAUUUAUAUGUAUAUAGAAUAUUUUAUACAAUUACUAAAAAAAAUGUUCGAACACCUUUUUUAUUUCGACAAAAUUCCACUUUUCACUAGUUUUCGUAAUAUUUGAAUGAUGUGAAUCCAUGUCACUGACUAAUCAUACCUAUAGAUAAAAACAACACAAGGUGAGAAUUUGAAAAAAAAACUACAUUUCAUGUAGUGCUAAAAGAGGUGUACAAACACUUUUGAGAGUAACUGUACAAAAAUAUGUAAUGUAGCUGAAAUGUUUUUUUCAUAUGAAUUGGAAUUAUCGUUUAUAAAAUAGAAUGGGGAAUAUUUUAUUCAAAAAUUCAGAACAUGUUUUUCUUACGUUUUUCUUUCUGGGAUUCAAAUAUUAUAUUAAAAUGUAUGUUAUUGGUUUGGCAAAUGUGAUAAUAAUAAAAAAAAAACGAGAGAAACA